GGAGGGCACGGAGCUGUCGCGCACGCGGGUGUGUCCACAGGGAAUCCCGGAAUCCCGGAGCGGUCGCGGUGGGAAGGACCCUCUGGAGACGUGCCGGUCCUACCCCCCGCCCAGGCGGUGUCACCUGCAGAGGUGACACACGGCCGGGUGACCUGUCCCGGGGCUUGGCCCCUCCGUGGGGAGCAGCUCUGCCUCGUGCUGAGCUGGGAUUUGUGUUUGGUUCGUGGCCAAACCUCCUGGGCACCAUCCUGACACCCCGGGGAGAGAUUUGUGGGGCUGGGUGGGGUUUUUGCGCGGAUUGGUGGGAUUCCCUGUGGGAUGAGUGAUAUGUGUGAAUAUUUGAGAUAUUUGGGUGGGUGUUUGAGGGGUUUGUGUGGGUAUUUGGGAGAUUUGUGUGGAUUGAUGAGGUUCUCUCUCAGUCUUCUCUCCGGACGAACCAGACCCAGCACCCUCAGCCUGGGAAGUGCUCCAGACCCCAAAGCACCCCCAUGGCCUCCUCUGGACGUGCUCAGGAGCUCUCUGGUCCCGAGGAGCCCAGACCUGAACACAGCACUCCAGAUGUGCCUCAGCUGGGCAGGCCAGAGGGACAGGACCCUCCCCUGACCUGCUGGCACUGCCCUUCCCGAUGUCCCCCGGCAUUCCAUUGCCCCCAGGACCGCCGGGACCCGCGGCUGGGCGGGAACAGUCCCCCAGGAUAGCCAGGACACGCACAGCUCACACCUGUGAUCACACCUGGGCAUUCACCCUGUGCUUUCGCUCACACCUGCGCAGCUCACACCGGUGUGUUCCCACCUGGGCUCACACACUAACACACACCUGCACGUUCACCCCGUGUGUUCGCCCUGUGGUUUCGCUCACACCUGCACAGUUCACACCUGAGUUCACGCCUGAAUUCCUUCACACACCUGGCCCGGGCGGCCCAAAAGCACCGCGGUGGCGGUUUCCCCCCGGGACAGCGCACCACUUGCCCACUUCAAACAUGGCGGCGGCAGCGUCAGCGGCCCCGGGAAGACGGCGGAAGCGAGUCCGGGCGGAAGCGAGUCCGGGCGGAAGCGGGUCCGUCCGGAAUUGGGUCCCCCGCAGCCGGAUGCGCAGGGCCUGGCGGCGCGGCGCGAUGGAGGCCGGCGGCCACGGGCAGGAGGCCGAGGCGGGCGGCCAUGGCGGCCACAAGAAGAAACACAAGAAGCACAAGAAAAAGCACAAGAAGCGGCACCACCACGAGGCGGGGCCGCCCCCGGGCCCCGAACCCUCCCGGCAGCCCCGGCUGCGGCUCCGGCUCCGGAUCAAGCUGGGAGGGCAGAUCCUGGGCACCAAGAGUGUCCCCACGUUCACGGUGGUCCCCGAAGGGCCGCACUCGCCGUCCCCCUCCCCACUGCUGGGAGGGGACGAGGAGGAGCCCAGCGAGGGGGUCCCCAUCGAGCAGUACCGGGCCUGGCUGGAUGAGGACAGCAACCUGGCCCCCUCCCCACUGCCCGAGCUGGACUCCGAGAGCUGCUUCCCUCCCCGCGAGGAGGGGGAGGAGGAGGAAGAGGAGGAGGAGGAAGAAGAGGAGGAGGAGCGGCGCUGGCUGGCGGCCCUCGAGAGGGGGGAGCUGGAUGACAACGGCGACAUCAAGAGGGAGGUGGACGAGUCCCUCCUGACAGCCCGGCAGCGCGCGCUGCUGCACAAGCAGCAGAGCCAGCCCCUGCUGCAGCUGCCCAUGGGCGCCAAGGCCAAGGAGGUGACGGAGGAGAUGCGGGAGAAGCGGGAGGAGCGGGCGCGGCGCCGGCGGCUCCAGGCCGCCCGCAAGGCCGAGGAGAGCAAGAACCAGACCAUCGAGCGCCUCACGCGCACGCACAAGGCCAAGGUGAGGGCCCUGCGCGAGCGCCGCGCCCGCCCCGCGCCCUGCCCCGUCGUGCACUACCGCAGCGCUGGCGACGGCAUCACCGUGUCCUUCCCCGUGGGGCUGCCGCUGCCGCUGCCCCCCGCCACCGCCCCGCCCGUGCCCCCCGCCCAGCCCUGCGCCGUGCCCGGCUGCCCCAACCCCAAGCGCUACAGCUGCGCCCGCACCGGGCGCCCGCUCUGCAGCCUGGGCUGCUACCAGCGCAACCUGCAGCUGCUGCAGACGCCGGGGUGAGCUCCCCAGAGCGGGCUGCGGGGGGCUACGGACCCUCGCCGGGUGCUACGGACCCUCCUUAGGGGCUACGGAUCCUUUGCCGUGGAUACAAAGGGCCAGAACAGUGAGCCAUACGGACAUAGGGAGGGCUGGGGGGUGUCUGGAUUCUCCACAUGGACACAGAGGGCCGGAAGAGGAACCUGUAGAUCCUCCACCGUGGACUUGGAGGACUGUGGGGAGCUCCAGACCUUCCACAUGGAGCCAGAAGGCCAGAACAGGGGGCUUUAAAUCCCGUGCCAUGGACACCGAGACCCUGACCACUUCACAUGGACACAAGGGACCUGGACAGCUGCACUUCGUCACGGACAUAGGGGGGGCUCCUCCAAAUGGAUAUGGACAGCGGGGAUGUGGAGCUCCAGAGGGCUCCAGCCCCUCCGCCGCAGGCACAGAGGGUUGGGGACCCCAGCAGGGACUGGGGGUGUUCCUGAGGGGAUAAAGGAGGGCCCUGGGAGGGGCGAGUCCCGGUGUCGUGGGGCUGAUUAAAGGCUGUUGGUGAA